AUGCAGCCGGUUGAGCUUUCAGAUCUGCCAGGAGAGUCCUCUUGGAGCAAGAGGAGAAUCGGCGAAUCCGAAUACAAUGGCCAGCUCGAGGCGGAUGAAGAUGUCCAGGCAGAGGACAAGCCGCUUAUGGCUUUCGACCUGAAUGAUGAACGUGAUAUUCAACCCACGAAGCAGGAACUCGCGACCCUUCCCAGGGUAUCGGACAAGAUCCCAUGGCGUGUCUACACUGUUGCAUUCGUUGAGCUCUGUGAACGGUUUUCGAAUUAUGGCACCACGAUCUUGUUCCAGAACUUCGUCCAACGCAGCCUGCUCACUCCAACCGGUCGAGCUCCUCACCCCAGCGGGGAUAUCGACAAUAAUCCCGGUGCCCUCGGGCAGGGUCAACAGAUGGCUACGGGCCUGGGGACGUUCUUCUCUUUCUGGUCGCAAACGACACCGUUGUUGGGUGCCUGGGUUGCGGAUACGUAUCUAGGAAGGUACCAGACAAUUAUGAUCGCCAUUGCAAUUGUGGUUAUUGGACAUGUGAUUCUAGUCAUUGCUGCUCUGCCGUCGGUCCUCCAACACACCCAAACAGCCCUUAUCUCGUUCAUACUCGGCCUGAUUAUCUUCGGGUUCGGCACGGGCGGCUUCAAACCGAACAUCUCCCCUCUGAUCGCAGAGCAGAUUGUCCAUGACCAGCCGCGCAUCUCAUUUGACCCCAGGACAGGGGAUCGUGUGAUCAUUGACCCAGACCAGACGGCAGCGAGGAUAUAUAACUGGUUUUACCUCUUUAUCAACGUUGGCGCACUCUUCGGCCAAAUCACCAUGUCGUACGCGGCACUGUAUGUCGGGUAUUACCUCGCGUUUCUGCUUCCGACGCUGAUGUUCCUCCUCUGUCCGAUGAUACUGCUCCUCAACAAGAAGAACUACCGUCUAACACCACCGCAAGGCUCAGUCCUUGGUCCAGCCGUCUCGUUUCUCAUCUUUGCGGUCCGUCCACAUUGGUCGUGGAAUCCGCUCCGUACGAUAAGCAACCUCCGCAGCACGAACACCUUCUGGGAGGAUGUGAAACCCUCUCUUAUCCCGCCGGCCAAACGCCCCCCAUGGAUGACCCCAGCUAUCGACGACGCCUGGGUCUCGGAACUGCGUCGCGGGAUACAAGCCUGCUCUGUCCUCCUCUGGCUCCCACUCUACUGGCUCACCUACAGUCAGAUGAACAACAACCUGACAUCCCAGGCUGACACAAUGUACCAUACCGCGGUUCCGCCAGAGAUUGUCUCGAACCUCGACCCACUCGCCCUGAUCAUUUUGAUUCCCAUCUGCGACCUGCUCAUCUACCCGUUCCUGCGCAAACGCGGUGUGCGCCUGACGCCGAUAAGGAAAACGACUCUCGGGUUCUGGAUCGGCUCGACUGCGAUGGCCUACGCCGCCUUCCUGCAACAUUACAUCUACACGCACAACUCUUGCGGAUAUCAUCCCUCCGAAGGUCUUCCCUCCACCUCUCCCGUCCAAGACUGUCCUCCUGCGUCCAUCUCGAUUCUCUACCAAGCACCGAUCUACCUGCUCGUCGCUAUCAGCGAAAUCCUCGUCAGCAUCACAAGCAUGGAAUACGCGUUCACAAAGGCUCCCAGAAACAUGAGAUCUAUGAUUCAGGCAUUUGCGCUUUUAAUGGGUGCACUAGCGAAUCUGAUUGGAGAGGGGUUCCUGUGGCUGGCGAGGGAUCCGUUUCUUGUCUGGAACUACGGGGUCAUGGGACUCGUGGCCUUUGUUGCUGGAGGGAUGUUUUGGUGGUGUAACAAGGAAUUGGAUUGGGAGGACCCGGUAGAACACGUCGGGUCUCGAGCCGCAGAGCGGAGAGGCCAGAACGAGGAGCAAGCGUCGGAAGUCAAGCCCGAUGGUCGUGGGAGAAGGUUUGACGCGAGCUGGAGCGUCGUCAGUGAAGAGUCCGAGGAGGACGAGGAGACCCUGCUCCGUGAUAGACUGCAUAGGAGGAUGAAUGGAGACAGUCCAUAG